UAUUUCAUUAAAACAAGGAACAGGGCGCAGCAGAAGCCAGGAGAGCACUGUUCUUAGUGGAUGGAGCCAGAAGAGUUACAAGUUAAACCUUGAUUUCCCGGGUCUGUGAAGAUUCACCAUGGAAUGUCUCUACUGUUUUCUGGGAUUUCUGCUUCUGGCUGCAAGAUUGCCACUUGAUGCCGCCAAACGGUUUCAGGAUGUGCUGAGCAAUGAAAGACCUUCCAGCUAUAUGAGGGAGCACAACCAAUUAAACGGCUGGUCUUCAGAUGAGAAUGACUGGAAUGAAAAACUCUAUCCAGUUUGGAAGAGGGGAGACUCAAGGUGGAAAAACUCUUGGAAAGGGGGCCGUGUGCGGGCAGUUCUGACCAGUGAUUCACCAGCACUGGUGGGCUCAACUAUAACAUUCGCGGUGAACCUGGUUUUCCCCAGAUGCCAAAAGGAAGAUGCCGAUGGCAACAUAGUCUAUGAGAAGAACUGCAGAAGUGAUUCUGGGCCAUCCCCUGACCCAUAUGUUUACAACUGGACAGCAUGGACAGAGGACAAUGACUGGAGAGAUGGCACCAGCCAAGGCCAUCACAACGUGUUCCCUGACGGGAAGCCUUUCCCUCACCCCUGGAAACGGAAUUUCGUCUACGUAUUCCACACACUUGGUCAGUAUUUCCAGAAAUUGGGACGGUGUUCAGUGAGUGUUUCUAUAAACACAGCCAACGUGACUCUUGGGCCUCAAGUCAUGGAAGUGACUGUCUACAGAAGACACGGAAGGACGUAUGUUCCCAUCACAAAAGUGAAAGAUGUCUAUGUGGUAACAGACCAGAUUCCCAUAUUUGUGACUAUGUCCCAGAAGAACAAUCGAAAUUCAUCUGAUGAAAUCUUCCUCAAGGACCUCCCCAUUAUCUUCAAUGUCCUGAUUCAUGAUCCCAGCCACUUCCUCAAUGAGUCUGCCAUUUACUACAAGUGGAAUUUUGGAGAUAAUACUGGUCUGUUUGUUUCUAACAAUUCCAUUAUGAACCAUACCUAUGUGCUCAAUGGAACCUUCAGCUUCAACCUCACUGUGCAAGCUACAGUGCCUGGACUUUGUCCUUCACCUUCACCCAGACCUCCAAAAACCACCCCUUCUUUGUUUCUCGCUGGUGGCAAACCCCUGGAGCUGAGGGAGAUUCCUGUUGAAAACUGCCAGAUUAACAGAUAUGGCUACUUUAUGGCCACCAUCACAAUUGUAGCGGGAAUUCUACAGGUUAACAUCCUCCAAGUAACAGAUGUGCUGACGCCAGGGCCACAGCCUGAUGACUCCCUGGUGGAUUUUGUCCUGACCUGCCAGGGGAACAUCCCCACGGAGAUCUGUACCAUAAUCUCUGACCCCACCUGCCACGUCACCCAAGACACAGUCUGCAACACUGUGGACGAAGACCUGGGUGACACGUGCUUGCUGACGGUGAGGAGAGCCUUCAGCAGUCCUGGGACCUACUGCAUGAACCUCACUCUGGGGGAUGAUGCAAGUCUGGCCCUCGCGAGCACCCUUGUCUCUAUCCCCAGCAGAGACCCAGCCUUCCUUUUAAGAAUGACAAAUGGGAUCCUGGUCUUCGUUGGCUUCUUGACCAUAUUUGUCACUGUGAUUGCCAUUUUGGUAUCCAAAAAAUACAGGAAAUACAAAGCGAUAGAAAGCAACACUGGGAUCGUGGUCAAAGACAAAGGCCUGAAUGUUUUCCUCAGUCAUGCAAAGACCAUGUUCUUCCCUGGAAAUCAGGAGAAAGAUCCACUGCUCAAGAACUAACCGGGAAUUCUUUAAAUCCUCAACCUUAUUUCUGGCCAAGGGGUCACUCUUCAGUGCCGUUUACAUGAACUGUGCUAGAGUGGAUGACAGCUAACUUUUUAAAAAAGGUUACUAUAAACUAUAUAUCGUGGUUUAGGGUGGUCCAAAAUUUUUUAUAGGUUAAAUGACAUUUUAGAGACCUGGAGAGGAAUUACAUUACCUGCAGCCUCGGCCAUGUUAUGUAACUGACAAAAAACCUCUUAGCAGUGCUUUCUUUCAUGAUGAUUUAUAUUUCACUUAUAAUGUCUUAGAUGAUUAGUAGGAAUAGAUUCCCUGAAUCCAGAAUAGCAGGAGAAGGUACUAUUCAUCAGAGGCUGAACUAGGUUACCUGGAAGGAGAGGCUGGACAUUUUCUAGCUUUCCAUAUAACCAUAUACAUAAAACCAAUGUAUUUCUGUUCUGAAAAUCAUGUUUCAGGUUACCUGAAUCCUAUUUCAAUGAAUGUGUACACGUUCCCAACAGAACAAUAACAGGUAACCUGUGCAUCAUGGAUAUACUAAAACAAACAAGAACAAAACUAAUGUAAGUGUGAAUAUUUUUGUGACCACCUGCCCAGCCAUGCUGUGUAAAGGAAUGGUACUCAUUCAUUCAUUUUUCCCAUGGACAUCUAUGUAACACUUUCUGUAUAUCAGGCACAUUGCUAGAUACAUGGCCCUGCCCUCAGAGUGUUGACAUUCUUGUGUAUAUAUCUGAAUUUCUGCACACUCUGGCACACAUAUUUGAAAAAAUAUAUUAUCCUUUUCCAAAUAAGGAGGCCCCUGGUUUUCCUACUGCUUUCCUCAUUCAAAUGAUAUAGAAACUUAGUAAGGAUUUUGCUUUGAUUUGUAACUACAACUACCAUAUGUCAAUCAUGAUUUUUUUUUCCUUCCUGGAAAAUAAAGUAUGAAAAUACUCAA